AUGGCGAUCUGUUACAAUAUGACAGGACUGUCUCUCACCAACAAUGAUUUCUGGAAAGCCCAAGACGCCCUCAUCGAAUCACUCCCUCUCUUCUUCACACAGCUUUCCAUCAUUCUUUUCGUCACUCGUCUUUUCUUCUACCUCCUCAAACCCCUCCACCAGCCUCCUCUCAUUGCUGAGAUUCUGGCUGGUUUUACCGUUGGUCCAUCAGCACUUGGGCAGUUAGAAGUUUUCCAAAACGUCUUCCCAAAAAGGAGCAUAAUGGUUGUUGAGACGAUGGCAAACUUAGGCCUCCUUUUCUACGUAUUCCUCACCGGCUUAGAGAUGGACCUCAGUGCAAUCCUCCGGCCCAGGAAAAGGGUGAUGGGCAUCGCCAUCACCGGAAUUCUCAUCCCAUUCCUUUUAGGAGUGGGCUUGUUUUUCCUACUGCAAUACCGCUCCAGUCACAUCACCCCGAAAAUGGGUUGCCUUUUUUGGGCCGCUGCGCUCACCGUCACCGGCUUCCCAGUGCUUACGCACAUCCUCACCGACCUCAAGCUCCUCCACUCCGAUAUAGGGAGAAUUGCCAUGUCGGUGGCCAUGCUCAACGACAUAUACGCAUGGGUUCUCAUCGCAAUAUUGAUACCAACAGGUGUCGGCAUGAAAACUACUCCUCAAUCAUUAACCGGCGUCGUUGCCUUCGUAUUAAUCUGCUUUUUAGCGGUCCGUCCGUUUCUUGAAAGGAUAAUCCGCAUCGAAUCGGAGAAGGACAAUUAUAGCGAGUACCAUUUGUGCUUCGUGUUGGCUGGGGCGUUAAUGUGCGCAUGCAUCACCGAUUUAUUGGGUGCGCAGUCCAUUGUAGGAGCUUUUGUGUUUGGGCUUAUCAUGCCGAAUGGGGAGUUUGGGGAUGUGCUUUUGGACAGGCUAGAUGACUUUGUGUCGGGGAUUAUGUUGCCCUUCUUCUUUGUGAGUUGGGGGAUAAAAAUUGAUUUCAAUAAUAUUUCGAGGGACACGACAUGGUACUUUGUGAUGCUGGUUAUAUGCUUUGCUUUCAUGGCGAAGAUUUUGAGCUCUCUCAUCAUCUGCAUUUUAUUUAAAAUGCCACUUCGAGAUGGUGCGGCUCUUGGAGUACUUAUGAACACCAAAGGCAUCUUGGCACUUGUUAUCCUCAAUACUGGGUGGAACAAAAAGAUUUUGAACGACCAACAGUUCACAGUGAUGGUGGUUGCAAUUGUGGCAAUGACAAUUGUGGUCGCCCCCAUCAUGUCUGCCAUCUACAAGCACAGAAAGGGUUUGAAGCAGUACAGGCUGAGGACUAUACAAAGACAAAAGCCGGACACCGAACUCCGAGUCCUCGCCUGCGUCUACACCACCGCCAAUGUGUCCGGCAUAAUCAGCCUCCUUCAAGUCUCCCACGCCACCAAACUCUCUCCUAUUACAAUCUUCGCCCUCCACCUUGUCGAGCUCACUGGACGUGCCUCCGCCAUGCUAAUCGUCCACUCCCGCCGCAAGUCCGGCGCCCACAACCCUAGCCGUGCGCAGGCCGACUCUAACCUCAUCAUCAACGCCUUCGAGGCCUUCGAGAGGGACAACCACCUCUUCACCGUCCAACCCCUCACAGCCAUGUCCCUAUACAGCACAAUGCACGAGGACAUUUGCAGCGUGGCUCAGGACAAGCGUGUCUCCCUCAUUCUCCUCCCAUUUCACAAGCACCUGACCGUGGGCGGUCGGAUGGAGGACGAGAAUGUCGCCUACAGAGACAUAAACCUCAACGUUUUAGCCAAUGCGCCGUGCUCUGUCGGAAUCUUUAUCGACCGCGGACUAGCGGCGGCAGACAUUAACGUUAAGCGCCGCUUUUGCAUGCUCUUCAUUGGCGGCGGUGACGACCGUGAGGCUCUGGCUUACGCGUGGAGGAUGGCGGGGCAUCCCGGAAUCAGCCUCACCGUGGUGCGAUUCCUUCCGGACGAGGAUGCAGUCGAGCACAUGGAGCCUGUAAAUGACGUCGAAGGGCAUCAGAUAUUGUCGUUGGACACAACGGAAAACGACAAGGAAACUAUCGACGAGGACUACAUAAACGAGUUUAGAUUCAAGUCGGCAAGCGAGGAGUCGAUAAUGUACUUGGAAAAGGUGGUGAACAAUGGGGAGGAGACUGUGUCGGCGAUAAGUGCAAUGGAAAAUAGCUAUGACUUGUAUAUAGUCGGAAAAGGGGCCGGAAAGGUGUCGCCACUGCUGUCGGGACUGUCGGAAUGGAGUGACUGCCCAGAGCUAGGGGUGAUAGGGGAUGUGUUGAUGUCUUCAACCUUUGCUUUGCAGGCGUCGGUUCUUGUGGUGCAACAGUACGGUUCAAGUGGGGGCAUGUCGGAAGAAUCCAGGAGAGACCGUUUCGGGCUGCGGCAGAGGAUGAUGGGUGUUCUGAGGUCUUCGCAAAGCGGAAAGGGAAUGGUGUUAUCUGAUGGUGACUGGCCGAUUGGAAAUGCAUAA